AUGGCAUUCAAGCUAAUGUUAAUCUGCGCAUUGUUGGCUGGCGCAAAAGCCCACAGCGUUUCAACUUCAGAGAACAUUUACCGUAGCCACGGCAACUUGGCCCAAGUGUCAACAGAGAGCAAGACAGUGGAGACCCCUUACUCGAGUAGCAGCAAAACAGACGUGAGAGUGAGCAAUCCGUCGGUAUACGUGUCAGCAACAGCAGCGCCAGAAGUAAACGUGUCACCAGCGACGACCUUUACCAAGACAAUAGUCCACCCUUACCCAGUGACUCACCAUUACCAACAGAGCUACAGUGCCCCCUCUUACCAACAGAGCUACAGUGCGCCCUCCUCCUACUACUCAGCUCCAGUUGCCAAAUACGAGGUUCCAGUGGUGAAAUACGCCGCUCCAGUAACCAAAUACGUCGCCCCAGUAGCUAAAUACGCCGCUCCAGCUUACCCCGUCCCGGUUGCCCAACACGUUUACUCAGCGGCACCCUCAGUGUACGCAGCUCCAUCUGUCUAUCACCACGAACCGGUCUACGCUCAUCAAGCUCAAGCAGCACCGGUCUACGCGGCGCCACACUACUAUUCUCAGCAGGUAGCGCAACCUGUCGUCAAAGUUGCCUACUCUCCAGCUUCUGAAGUGACUCACUUCAGCUACAACAAUGUCAACGACCAUUAUUCUAUCAUGAAUUAA